AUGAUGGAAGAUGGAGAAAUUUCAGAAUUAUGUAAGAUGUGCGGGAAACCAGAUAAAUAUAAAUGCCCAUAAUGUGAAACUAAGACAUGUUCAUUAGAUUGUUGUAAAAAACAUAAGCAAAUUUAUAAUUGUAAUGGAAUUAGAGAUCCAUCUAAGUAACCAAAUAAAAUUACAGAACUUUUGGUUUAAAGGGAUUAUAAUUAUGUUAAUAAUGUGAUGCAAAAUACAGAGAUGAUUUAAAAAAAACUUGUUGGUAUUACUGCUUUACCAGAUGCCAUGAGAUAUAAAUUAUUAAAACAUUAUGCAAGAAAAAUGAAUGUAGAUGUUAUAUUAGCACCAAAAAUAAUGAAAAAGCAUAGACAGAAUUUAUCAUUUUACUCAAUAAAGGAUAAAUAAAUUCAUUGGUGUUUAGAAAUUUAGUAUCUAAAUACUUAUUAUGUUACAAAACCUAUAUCAUAAAAGACAACAAUUUUAGAUGCCAUUCUUUAACAAGAUUUAUUUGAUUCUAAAUUAUUAGAUUUAUACAAAAUAAAUACAUCAAGAGAUUCAUUAAAAUGUUAUUUUGAAGAAGGAAAAAUUUAAUUAAAUUGGUAAUCUUAUGAAGUUCUAGAUUUUACAGAAUAAGAUGAAUAUAAAUUUAAAAAUCAAAAGAAAAAAUUAAACUAAGUAAAUAGCCAUCAAAAGCAAACUUUAUUUAUUGACCCUAAUUUUACAAUUGAAUAGAUGAUCAAAGGAUAUACAGUAUUUGAAUUUCCAAAUAUUUAAAUGAAAUUCUUAUUCUAAAAUGAAUGA